CCCGGCAUGGCGGCGCCCGUGGCGCGCGGCGGCUCCGUGACGCGGCGGCUGCUCCGCGGCGUCUCCCGCGGCCUCAGCGGCGCCGGGGCCCCGGCCGAGGAGCCCGAGGCCGCCCUGGUUAACGUCGUCUUCGUGGACCGGGAGGGGCGGCAGGUGCCGGUGCGCGGCAGAGUCGGUGACAACGUGCUGCACCUGGCGCAGCGGCACGGGCUGGAGCUGGAGGGCGCCUGCGAGGCCUCUCUGGCCUGCUCCACCUGCCACGUUUACAUCAGCGAGCCGCACCUGGGCCGGCUCCCGGCGCCGGACGAACGGGAGGAGGACCUGCUGGACCAGGCGCCGCUGCUGCAGGAGAACUCGCGGCUCGGCUGCCAGCUCCGCCUGAGCCCCGCGCUGGAGGGGGCGCGCAUCGCCCUGCCCCGCCUCACCCGCAACUUCUACGUGGACGGGCACGUCCCCAAACCGCACUGACCCCAAACCCUCUGACCCCAAACCGCACUGACCCCAAACCCGCUGACCCCAAACCCACUGAC